CUACUAUAAUUUCACACGAACCGCGACAUCACCUCAUAGCAAAGCCUAAUGUUAAAGCUUGUAUAAGUAUCGAUUCCUUUUUCAAAAAUUGUAACUUACACAUUUAGCGUUGACGGACCUUGUUAUUUUACUUACUUGUAUUAUAUUGUAUCCUUAUGGUAUUACUAACAUAUUAUAUAUUAUGGUAUUCAAUUGUAUUAUUCUUAUAAAGCAAAAUAAACCCAGAAGGGUUUAAAUGCUUAGAAUAAAUAAAAAAAAAAAAACCGCGACAUAUUUCAAUUUGGACAAAAUCUCUAAUGUGUAUCAACAAAGUAAUCGAAUCGAUGUGGAAUCAAGCUUACACGCUUCCAGAUUCCAGUCCCAACCUGAUGCCUCUGUUGUUCGUGCACGACGGACCAGUGAGUUCAGAAAUAGCCGAAAAAACGUCGUCGAUCGUUUCGUUCGAGCAGCUGAGGAAGCCCAGCGCGGAGAACGUUUCCCAAAGUAAUUAUGUCGCCCUAAAAAGCACGGACGAUAUGUUUAAAGGCGGUUCCGAGCAAACUAACAUCACGCAGCAGAAAUUACGAGGACCUAGCACUAUCGGAACGACCGGUGAAUGGCGAGCGCAAAAGGUGAGCGGGGCGAGAGACGACGCGACCGCGAAGAAAGACGCCGCGAGCUGGUCAUUAACGGGCCGGAGGCAAUAUAUCGACACAGAUUCGCGUUCUCCUUACGAAAAUCGUAAAUAUCUGGAACCGCGGUCGGCCUGGGAACGCGUCCAGAAUGCAGAUCGGGAAAAACAGACGGUCAUUAGUUCGAGGGAUUUUCACGAGUCCUUUGUGGAGCCCUUGGACUGGACCGAUGAUCUCGACGAGGACGUAAGAGUGCGGCUCGGUAGGGGUUUGAAGACUGUCGAAGACGUGCAGUUUAAUACAGAAGCGAACGCGAGUCUCCGCGUUGAACCUACUUUAGCCAAGAAUAAAGACGAAGAAUCAUCCGUGAGCUCGGAACAAAAUUUAGUCGAUACGUCCACUGAAAUUACUCGAACACGAGAUUUCACGUCGAAAUUAGGAUCAGAAACUUCGAAGCUCGCGAAGUUGGAGAUUGCGAAUUCACCCUCGGAUCUGCAAAAUCCACCGUGGAGAAGCAACGCCAGAGUCAAGAGAGCGAUUGACUCGUCCUACGAAACAUUCUACGACGAGACGAACCGCCAGCUCGAUUCGGAAAAGAUGGACUACGAUCGGUACUCGAAGAACACGGGGACGAUGGAUAAUCGUGUUCAGCUCUCGAAUUCGUACGGAAACGCGAACGGUGGUUAUCCCAACCUCCUCGAUUCGAACUCUGAAGAAGAAGAGUACGAUUCCCCGGCGGACGACGAGAGUCGCGAUUUGAAGAAAGCGAGCAGAAGCGUGAAAUCGAAGAGAAGGGAUAAACACAAGAAAAGGAACAAGCACCAUGGUGAAACGUCGAGGAAACAGAAACGAAAGAACCACGUGGACAAAUCGAAAUAUUCCGAGAACGGCAGGAAACGAAGACGCCACAAGAAACAUUCUAGCGACUCGAAAACGAAGCACACCGAUCGAAAGAAACACAAGAAGCGCACGUCCAAAGCCUCGAAUCAUCACGCCAACGUUAAGAAGAGUAAAGCUUCUCGAGACGAGGACAAAGUUCACGGCGAUCGUCGCCGAGUAGCCAUGGACGAGAGUGAAGCACGUCGUGGAGAAGUCGAGAGCGAAAAUACAAUGAUCAGAGAUGGCGACAACCAGAGAAAAAAGAUCUCGUUGCUCUUAGCGGCUGAUGACGUGGAAGACGAAUCACAGAUGGAUGCGGCUCUUCACGGCGAACUGGCGGGAAAGAUCGUGGAUCAAAUUUUUGAACAGGUUCGAAAGAACGAGGAUCUGAAGGCGUCGCUGGGUCCGGGACUUCAUCAAAAUCAUAAAAUCGAUGACGUAGUAAAGGCUGAUAAAAGCUAUCAACAGUCUGUCGACGACGACGAGAUCAAGCACACGGAAGACUUGAUGAAGAGAGUCAUGAUACUCCUGAAUCGACUGAUUUACGACGAAGUUCAGAGAAAAACUUGCGUCUCUCUUUCACCGGAUCUGACAGAAUUCUUGGACUGGAUACUGGAUGUAAAUUCGCAGGACAGUUCGCUAGAACAGAUGCCAUUGCGGCCAUUGGUACACGGCGGGCACUCCUCGGAUCACUUUCCACGGGACAAGUUCCUGUUCCAAGCCUUACCAGAUAUGGGAAUGCAAGACGAGAUCGCAGAAUUGUACAAAAAGCUUCAAUUAAUAGAAAACCUGAUAAAGGAGUACAACACGUUGUCGGAGAAGGACAAGACGAAAGUUCAAACUGUACACGAUUACAUGGCUAAACAAUUAGAUCAGCUGCUAGAGUACAUCGAGGCAAAGAAAGAUGGCGAAAAGAAAGCGAAAUCAUCGAUUAUGAUCGGAGCAGCUGUGGUAAAACCUGGACAAAAUUUUCAGUACCGUACGGCAAUUAGAAACACGAGUAGUUGGACCUACUCGACAGAACCAAAUAUUGGUUAUGGUUUUUCGCCUGUAAUGAGCAUGCCGAAUAUGUUGAAACUUGGCAACGCGAGUCUGCUCGAAGACGGGGAAUAUUUUCGUGACGAUGGCAUGGACUUUCACGGUAAAAGGCGCAGAGUAGUCCGCAGUGCCGACGAACACCCAAAGCAACGUAAGAAGCACAAAAACCGCAAAAAGCGUAAGAGGAAACAUCGCAAGCGUCACAAAGGUGCGAGCGCUAUUGAUCAGUCAGAACGCAAAGACAGCGUGCACAAGGCUACUCCGUCGCGACAGAAACGUGGAUAUCUGGACAAAGAUUUCUGGGAGUCUUUCCACUCGGGGUACGAGCAACCGCUAAUUUUUACUUCCAUGGAUAUGACCAACGUGAAACCAAGUGAUAAUGGCGGCAAGUUUCGUAUAGAACAGGAGAUCUCGCGGAAGAAGGGCGCAGAUAAAUUGAGGCUCUAUUUAGGUAGCUAA